UGGACCAGGAGAAGACCGUCCUGUCCCUCAGCGUCUGUCAGCUGGGAGCUGAAGGGAAGAGGCGGAGCUUCGACCUGAGCGUGACCUCAUACCUGCGCAGAGUCACACUCAACUACUGUGACGUCCCAGACGGCAGGAACAAUCCUCUCCACCUGAUCAGCUCCUCGGAGCAGCACGGCUCCGACCUGCUGAAGGUUGAGUUCAUCAAGGCCGACCCCGGCGGUCCGAGCUUCCAGACUCUGUUCAACAACACCGAGCAGAUGCUGAAGGUGGAGUUUUCCUCUCUGGACUUCCUCCUUCACACUAAAGCUCUGCUGUCGACCAUCAGCUUCCUCAGCAGCGCCGUACCGCCGCAGCUUGCCACUGCCCGUGACCGAGACAACAGGAAGCAAGUAGAGAAGGCGGGACUGAGCCGGACAGUGUCUAAAGUAGCCAAAGAUGGUGGCAUUUUCAGCUUCAAGCUGUUCGCCGUGUUGGACUGUUUCCACGUGGAAGUGUGUGACGAUCGCCGCAGCAUCGCUGACAUCAGAGUCCAAGGAAUCGAUGCAUCGGUGUCGGUGCAGGCGAAAGAGGCCGAGGUGUUCGCCCGACUGCGAGACAUCGUGGUCACCGAUGUCAACCCCCGAACCGUCCACAGGAAGGCGGUGUCCAUCGUGGGCGAGGAGGUGUUCAGCUUUAAGCUCCGCCUGUUUCCAGGGGCAACGGAGGGGGACGGUUACAGCGACACGUCGAGGGUCGAUGGGAAGGUGACGAUGCGUCUCGGCUGCAUCCAGAUCGUCUACCUGCACCAGUUCCUCAUGUCACUGCUGGCUUCUUUUAGCUUUCAGUAUUCGUCUGCUGACGAGGUACAGCUCCCAGCAUGCAGCGCUGCACUGCAUCAAACCUCCCGCUUCAGCUUCACUCUGCGACUUCACUGCACCUUCUGUCCACCUUAA